CUGAGGAACGGCAACAUCCAGUACAUCUCAGACGCCGGCGUCGGUGGGAAGGUGGAGCGGACCGUGGGGGACGCAGUGCUGUCAGACGGUCAGUGGCACACGCUCCAGCUGGUCAAGAACGGCUCGGCCACUGUGCUCCAGGUGGACAGCGGCCACCCCAGGGUCAUCCAGCAUCCCACGCAGGACUUUGGGGGUCUCGGCGUCGUGACCUUUUCUCUGGGAGGGAUCCCACCUGGACCUGCGCAGCAGAAAACUGGAGCAGGUUUCGAUGGCUGCUUGGCCUACGUGAAGUACAACAGGGAGAACCUGCCGUUCACUGGCGAACACAACCUGGUCACCUUAACCAAGACCAGCUCAUCGGUGAAGAUCGGCUGCAGAGGUCCCAACCUUUGUGAGAGCAGUCCGUGCUGGGAUGGUCUGAUGUGCGUCAACCAGUGGUACACGUACCAGUGUGUCCCGCCCGGCGACUGCACUUCUAAUCCCUGCCAGAACCACGGCAGCUGUGUGCCUGAUCCCCACUCAGGUUUCACCUGCGUCUGCUCUGAGUUCUACACAGGAAAGACUUGUGAGACCUUGGUGGCCUGUCUGGGUGUCCAGUGUCCUCAGGGUACCGUCUGCAAAACAGCCAACAAUGGUGGCUUUGUCUGCAGCCCCAGCCCCACGGCAGAGACGAUGGUCCUCCCCAUCUGGGCGGUGCCUGCUAUUGUCGGCAGCUGUGCCACUGUCCUCGCCUUGGUGGUCCUCAGCCUGAUCCUGUGCAACCACUGCAAGGGCCGCAACAAGACCAAAGUGCCAAAGGAACCCAAGGAGAAGAAACCCAAGGAGAAGAAGAAGAAGAAAAAGAAGAAGGGUAGUGAGAACGUAGCAUUCGAUGACCCAGAUAACAUCCCUCCAUAUGGAGAUGACAUGACGGUACGGAAGCAACCAGAAGGGAACCCCAAACCGGAUAUCAUAGAGAGGGAGAACCCUUACCUAAUCUAUGAUGAAACAGACAUUUCCCACAACAAUGAGACUGUACCCAGUGCCCCCUGCGCUCCCUGCAAUGGCCCGGAGGCAGAUAUUGAACAUUAUGACAUAGACAACGCCAGCAGCAUCGCUCCUUCAGACGCAGACAUCAUCCAGCACUACAAACAGUUCCGUAGCCACACACCCAAGUUUUCCAUCCAGAGACACAGCCCGCUGGGCUUCGCCAGGCAGUCCCCCUUACCGCUCGGAGCAACAAGCUACACCUACCAGCCCCAGUACACGCAGGCACUGAGGUCCACGCCGCUCAGCCACUCCCACUCAGCGUGCCCCACCCCCAACCCUCUGUCCAGACACUCCCCAGCCCCGUUCACCAAGCCCUCGUCCUUUUACCGAAACACCCCAACGAGAGAGCUCAACCUGGCUCGCCGUGAGGGCAGCCCACUGGAUCUACACAAUGACAUGUGCCAGCCACCGCCCAUGUUCAACUACGCCACCCGGCUGGGGAGGCGCAGCAAGAGUCCUCAGACCAUGGCCAGCCACGGCCACACCUCCAGGCCUGGCAGUCGGCUGAAGCAGCCGAUAGAGCAGAUCCCCCUGGAGACUGGGCCACCGGUGGGGCUAUCUAUCGAGGAAGUGGAGCGUCUGAAUACUCCACGCCCCCGCAACCCCAGCAUCUGCAGCGCCGACCACGGGCGCUCCAGCUCUGAGGAGGACUGCCGCAGGCCGCUGUCAAGGGUCCGCAACCCUGCAGACGGCAUCCCGGCCCCAGAGUCCUCUUCAGAAAGUGACUCUCAUGACUCCUUCACCUGCUCGGAGAUGGAGUACGACCGGGACAAACCGGUUUCUUACAGCUCCCGGGUCCCCAAGCUCUCACAAGUCAACGAGUCAGACGCUGACGACGAGGACUACGGCGGGAGGCUCAAGCAGAGGCGUUACUCAAGUCGGAGGGCAGAGGGAGGGCCGGGUGUUGCCCAGAUGCCCCCUGGGGAGCAGCACUACACCCUGCCCCACAAACUGGGCCAGCAAGCUGGGGGCUUCAACUGGGACAAUCUCUUGAACUGGGGCCCCGGCUUUGGACAUUAUGUUGACGUGUUCAAGGACUUAGCUUUGCUUCCGGAGAACGCGGCGGCAAAAGACAUUGAAAUGAACAGUGGGGAUGGUUCGGUGACCAUUCUAAACGAAGGAGAAGCUGAGCAAUAUGUAUGAGACUAUUUAUUAUGAUGUAGAAUAUGGUGAUGUUCUCCA